UCCGGUCGGUGGAGCGGGCGGCGGAGGGAGCGCGGCGAUCUAGGGGUCGGUCUAGAGUGGAGACGAGGCAGCGUCCCGGAGGUGGUGGUGGUGGUGGUGGUGGCGGCGGAGAAGGUGUUCACACGGCACAGCUGAAGGCAUUGCUAAUUGCCUGAUACAAUGGUUCGCUCAAGGUCGAGAUCCCCACGAUGGAAGCACAGGUCAAUCUCGCCAACCUAUGGAAGAAGCCAAGAAUACCCUGUUGAGAGACCACUGUAUCAGUCGUAUAGUGGGGAACUAAAAGAAUUUGGUCAAAGCACAGGAAGACCUGUUCAGUGGAAGAGUCAACGGGAAAAAUGGGCUGAAACAGCAAGUAUAGAGUCAAGGUCAGGAGAUGCUCAGUAUGGUGCUAUUCAUCGUAAAGUUUUUGAGUAUGGAUAUCCUUCCCCAAAUCCAAGGAGAAUGGGAUCAGAACACACAACUCCAACAGGAAGAAACUUUUAUCUACAAGAAAAAGAAGGAAACCGAAGCUACCCCCUUCCCCCAAGAUAUCUUGAAGAUAAUCCAUACCAUGAUCAUGAUGAACGACCGUGUGACAGCAAUGAAUGGCAUGAGCACCGACAAAGUUCUCACAGUGAACGGCACCAUGAGCAUGACCAAUGGCACAAUGACUUUGACCAGCGACGCUACCAUCAAAAUGUGGAAAUUCCGACUCAUGUCAGAUUGUAUAAUGAAAAACCCAAGAAUUUAGGAGGUGAUCCACAAAUGGAUUCCUUUGCCCAGUCAUUGCCUACUGCUUCUGGCUGUACAGAAUCGUGGCACAACUCAGAAAGCUUUAGAAGCUCUAGUUUCCGCGAGGAAAGACAUUCAGGUUCACAUUCCCCUGGAAGACGAGCUAAAGAGCUUCUGGAUAGGAGCCCCUACCAGAGGAGGUAUCCUGAUGAGGAUGAAGUCAAAGGGUACAGAGAAACUUCUGGAAGAGGCUGGGUGUCUACAAAGCACGAGGUGAUAGACCACGAAAGAGAUUUAAAAUGGAGAGGGGAGAAGUUUCCUCAUAAUAGGAAAAGCUACCCAACUGUGCCAUACGAUGAUUCAGAAAAUAGUCAUGUUAAAGAGAUGCCAAGAGACCGAUAUAACGAUAGCAGCCACUGCGAGGAUUUUGUGCAGGUAAAAAGUGGGUUUGCACAUUCACCAAGAUAUCCUGAGAUGCAUUCCUCUUCCGAGCAUCACAAGAUAUUUUCCAGUGGAAGACAGCCAGCAUAUUCAAGCAAAAGUAGAGAGUUUACAAGCAGCUGUUCAAGUAAUAAAGAGGUGAGUCGUUUUCACAGUAGCAGUAGGAAAUCAGAUACUGAUGUGAACAGAAGAGAGGGGCAUCACUCUGAGUCAGGAAAAUAUUCCGUUUCUGAGCAUUCUUCUAGCAGGUUGCAACAUGUAUGCAAGAAAGAAGUAAGCUCAAGAUCUAGACCUUCAGUAACCAGAGGCCAUUCAGAUACGGGAAAAGAAUUAAGAAAACACUCCAAAUCUUCUGAAGACCACCAUGGCAGCACUCACAAACGAUCGAGCCAUCGAUCUAGUGAUACGGAAACUACACGACAUGGUACAAAGAGUGAGCGAAACAGAACAACGGAGUCUCUAACCAUCAGAAUAGAUACGAAGAAAACUGUCCACAAGUUCAGGCCGACAUCAAGUCAUGCUUCAGAGAGACUAAUGUCUCGGGAUUUGGUUAGUGUUGGCAAGAAACGGGAUGAAUUCCAUCAUGUGUUUGAGCAUAUGGGUUCGUCAUUCGAGGCUAACCCGAACAUCUCUUCAGGAGAAUUUGCCCAGGAGAUAAUCACUUUGGUGCACCAGAUUAAAGAAGACCAUUUUAAGUCUUCAGAUCUAACAUUGCAUGACCGCUUUUCAAAGUUGCAAAAUGCACAGAGUCCUGGAAGAAAUGAGGAAAACGCUCGGGGCCCUGAGAUACACAGACGGAUUGACAUGUCUCUGGCAGACUUGCACAACCGAGAAAGGAAACCUGUUGCCAGAAAGAUAAAGCAGCAAGAAGACAAUGAAUGGGUACUGAACUGUACAGUAAAGCAUUGGCAGACCAGCACAUGGGUUGCUGUAAAUCCAGAUGAUCUUCGUCAUGACAUAGAGAGAAGGAGGAAGGAAAGAUUGCAGGACAAGUAUGGGGAGGCCUAUCAAGCCCUGGAGCCAACGUUUCCCUCACGCAGGUCUGAGAGGCCUGAAAAGUCUCAUUUGCUCACUCAAGUGAAAACUGCAAGAAAUCCACGAUUUAAAGAACCAUCAGCCAGGUUAAUGAAGUAUCGGGAAAGCCUGCACAGGGAGGCAACUGUUAGAAAGGCUUCUGUAGCAACAAAAAGAAAAAUAGGAGAGACCUCAGAAGAGAGACCCAGAAGUUAUCAGAGACCUCUCAAGCAUUUUACUAAAGAAUGUCCAUCUUCUGGACAAAAGAGAGGCUUGACAUUUGAAACCAAGUACCGACGCAUAUACGGAGUUGGCUUUGGACGUACUAAUCAACGGAUAUUCACCAAGCAUUUCAGGGAAGGGAUUACCAGGAAAAGGAGAGAUGAAAGGGAAUUGCCCAGCAGUACCACAGACAAGUAACUGACAUAGCCAUUAGAAUAUGGAAGAACUCUGAACCAUGGAUGUAUUUGCAAUGUUAAAUCUCCAGAGGACUGCACGUACUUCAGUUGGAAUCUGGCCAUAUGACUUGCAGACUGCUGUGAAUGCUGUUGUUUGUUGAAUUUGUUCUACUAUAGUUAAGUCACAGACCAAACCAUUUUUUCCAAGUACCCUUGAUUAUCUGGGUGUUGAUUAAAAAUUUUUCUGCUAUUUUCUAAUUAGUCUCAAUAAUAGCCUCCUCGUUACCCUUCUACACUAAUCUUCAGACAAGGUCUUCCAAGAAUAAUUCUUUAAGAUGAACUGCAAGGCAGGAAACCUGCAAAUGUGAGAUAAAACACUGAUCGAAGUUUUCUCAAAACAAUGGUGCACACAGGUUUAAAAUGUUGCUGUGAGAAACCAGGAAUAUUAGUGGUGUGUGAUUGAAGGUGGACAAAAUGUUUAAACAUUAAACUUGUCGAUUUUUCUCUGAUUUUUGCCCUUUGCUGCAGGAUUGCAAGCAGACGAAGCUGUUUGCUCUACUUGUGAAUAGAUGUACAAGUAUUUCCAGCUAUUUAUAUUGUAGGCUUGUUGGCUGAAUUCAUUUGCCUUAAUUUAUCUCAUUCUACUGUUCUGCUUUUGAUUUGAACAUGCAAUUGUGUGGCCAAAUAAAUGGUACAUUAAUAUUCUGGUAUAAGAUGUAGUUGUUUGGCACUUUGUGUUUUUAUUGAUUCUAUUCUGGUGAGAAUUGUACCAUUCUGUGUAGAGUUGGUUGAGGAGAUUAUUUGAAUCAAUGUGAGGGGUCAUUGGUGUGAGGAAGAGAGAGAGAUUUCAGUAAAAUCAAAGCUCGCAAUAAAGAGAAAACAAAUUGAAAAGAGACCAAUGCAAACAGUGUACACGUGCAAGGUAUUCAAAACCUGACCAGAGGCAAAUAAAAAGUCGAGACAAAAAUAGCAGAAUUAUUCACUCGUUUUCUCAAAUCUGUCCCUUCAACAUCUUAUUGAAUGGCAAGUCCCCUCUACUUGAAGUCUAAGAUGAGUUGUUGCACUUCCAGAUUAGGUGUGCAUUUGGGAAAUUUCCAUUCCUACACCUGCUGAACCUUCUUUAUUUAGAUAGCUCUGCUAAAUCUCAUCCUGAUGUUGGAGGGCUGCAUACCAGUAUAAAAAUACACACAGUGUUAGAGGAACUCAGCAGGUGCCAGUAUCUGUAGAGAAAGGAACAGUUACCAUUUCAGGUCAUAGGUGACUGUUUCAAAACCCCUGUAGUAUGCUAGCAGUGCUGCAGAUGUUAUAGUCAUUGAUUUUAUUUCCAAAAAGCAAACCUUGGGAACAGGGGGAGAAGAAGUAUUUAUUGUUAAAGUUAAUUACAUAGGGCUUUACCUUCCCAGCUAAAACAUCAGUAUUGGUUAAUGAUCAAAUAAAAAUAUAUGCUUGUUAAUAGAAGUGUUUGGAAUUUAGGCAACAUUUAGUUGUUUAUACAGGUUGAAAUGUUUGAACUUAGUAUUUAUCAUCCAAGUGUGAGAUACAUUUAUGCGUCCCUUUCCUUUGUUGAACACUAAUUCGAGCAACAUUUAUAAAUUCUUCUUAGUUUGAACAUUGAUUAUCUUUGAAUACCAAGUGUUGUCCAUUGGCUGUUGCCACCAUUUGUAUGUUUACAGGAACAACACGUGUUCUGUUUUGAGUGAUUAAUUGUGAUACUUCACCCAUUCUCUUUCUCCUGAACCGUGGGAGAGAUAACAUGAUACUAACAUCAGGUUGGUCAAUUAGUCUGUCACUAAGUCUUUUCAAAAGCCUUCAUGUUUGUGAGAUUCCAUGCAAAUAUUUCCAUCUUGUAUGGGAGAAAUUGCCUUUAAAAAUCUGAUCUGAGUUUGUCCAAGAACUAACUUAUAUGCGUAGCAAGUUGAAACAGUUCUAACCGUAACAUUUUAUCCAUGAUUUCUUUAUAUCUCUAGUGACUUGUGCACAUGCAUUGGGACUGUUCAAAAAUGACUUUUCUGAUGCCAGCAUGUCACCUUCCAAUCUGCUGCUGAUAACACAACUCCACAAAAUUGAAGUCCUUCCUUAAAUACUUCCUUUGCAGAUUAUUCUAGGAGCAUCACUGUUGCUUUUCUGUGCAGUGAUGUGAUUACAUGGCAACAGUUUGUUUAUAUCUUUUUAACAGUUGACCAUGCAUAGUCAGGUUUUAUUUGAACUUGUUUGAGUGGCCACUGAAGCUCCAUAGCUGUGAGGAGCUGCUGAGGUUUGUAUGAAGAAUUUCAUGGAAUUGUGUUCUUUCAUCACUAUGACCAUACAUUUGCUAUUAAUGGAUUUUAGUUCUGUUGUCUUUCAGUGAAACAUACUUUGAGCUGCUGUUCUUUAAUCUACUUGUUUGUUGCAUUAAACUUACACCUGUUUCUACAAA